AUGUCAAACCCUCAAGAAAACCAAAGCGAAAGCCAAAAUGAAAUUGAUCGAUGCAUAGAAUUAUUGCGUCCAUCUUCAUCGGAUGAUGCUAAAUUUGUCGCGCUUAUGCUUUUACCACGACUUCUGAAGCAGGAAAAAAAAAACGUGGUACUCAUUUUUGACGCGAUGGAUUUCAAGUUUUUGGAGCGCUUAAUGAGAACUGAGAGUGUAAAUGACGACAACCUACCAGACUUUACUUUAAAAUCAAUAGCCGUUAAUAUAUUAUCUUGCUUUUGCGCAACUGACGAACUUUUAAAUAGAAAACAGAUUCAUGCUCGUAUUCCAACUCUUGCGUCUCUUAUAUCUCAAAAUAACGAAGAGUUGACGCGAGAUAUCUUAGGGAUACUUCUUAGAUUAUCAUCCGUAAAUCAAGGUUUGAUUUAUAUUAUAGAUGACAAAGUUAUUUCAAAGAUUUUGCAGUGUAUAACGUCUUUCACAAAUGUUGAAAUACAGGAACUUGCUUUGAAUGUAAUUUAUUACACUACUAUCGGUGUGACCACAUCAAUUUCACAGAAUCAGAGCCUUUCUGAUUCUAAAACAAUUGUUCAAGGAUAUAUCUUUACAAUAUUUAAACAAUUAUCAGAAACAUUUCGAAUAAAUCAAGAUAAAAUUAAAUUUGAUUUACUUCAAUUUUUUGUUAAUAUAUUUUCACUUAUAUCAGAUCAGUUUAUUCAAGAUUUUUUAAUUAAUGAUAAAUCGCAAAUUAGCAUUUGGCUUAAGAAUUUUAGGCAUGGGAGUGAACAACGUGAUAAGGCACUGUCUCUUGUCAUGUUACUUCUUCAUCACUUUGGAACUACUUCAUUAUUAGCUCCUGUCACAUCAAAUCUCACUUUAACUCAGAUAUCAAAAAGUGCGGCGGGUGAUAUUGAGAACGAAUUUAAAUUUUCAGCAUUAUUGACACAAUUAUCAUGCGUUGAAAUACGAUUGAUGUUGGAUGAGUUAGGACAAGAAAAAAAGAAUGAUAAAUUUAACGAACGUCUUGAUGUGAUGUUACCAGCAUGUUAUACUAUUUUGGAAAAAUCGAUCGAGUAUCUAUUACACGUUGAAAAUUUAUUAGAGUCACAGGAAAAAGUAGAAACAAAUCGAGUAAAAUUAGAGCCUGAUGUUUUACUGCGAUUAAAGGGUACUAUGACUGAAACAUUUCGUGCCAUAAUUGAAUAUUUAGUAGACGUUAAAGAAGAAGGAAUUUCUUAUGAGGCUGCUGUGAAGGAUGAAAAAGUUGUAGCUAGUAUUCGUAUCCUUUCUGCAUGGCUUGCAGAAGAAAGCUCAUUAGAAAAAGAAACCUUGGCAGUGUUGCCAUUUUUAAUUGGCAUUUAUAAUUAUUGUUUAGAAAAAUCUAAAGAGAUGGAUCUUGUUCAAAUAUUGACACCAGCAUUCCUAAAUAUUACAUCACAAGAUAAUCUACGCAAAGCCUUUUUGGAACUAGGAGGAGCACAAAUAAUGGUUGACUAUUUGGAAGAAGAAGAGUAA